ACCGGUACCGCAGGUCUCGAGGAAUAUCAGAAACUCUACAAGGAAUCCAUCACCGAACCCAAGAAGUUCUGGGGGAGGCUGGCGCGUGAGCUCCUGACCUGGUCUAAGGAUUUCCAGACUGUCCACAGCGGCUCCCUCGCCGGGGGUGACAAUGCCUGGUUCCUGGAGGGUGAGCUCAAUGCGUCAUACAACUGUGUCGAUCGCCAUGCCUUCAAGGACCCCAACAAGGUCGCCAUCAUCUACGAAGCCGACGAGCCCUCGGACGGCCGGAACGUCACCUACGGCGAGCUCCUGCGCGAUGUCUCCAAGCUCGCCCACGUGCUCACCCAGAUGGGCGUGCGCAAGGGCGACACCGUGGCCAUCUACCUGCCCAUGAUCCCGGAGGCUAUCGUUGCCCUUCUUGCUUGCAGCAGAAUCGGCGCCGUUCACUCGGUGGUCUUUGCCGGUUUCUCGGCCGACUCGCUUCGCGACCGUGUCAUCGAUGGCGGUUCCAAGGUGGUCAUCACCACCGACGAGGGCAAGCGUGGUGGAAAGUUGAUUGGGACAAAGAAGAUUGUCGAUGAGGCUCUCAAGCAGUGCCCCGAUGUCGGCCACGUGCUUGUGUACAAGCGCACCGGCGCCGACAUCCCCAUGACCGAGGGUCGCGAUUUCUGGUGGCACGAGGAGGUUGAGAAGUGGCCCUCAUACUACCCCCCCGUGGCCGUCAACUCGGAGGACCCUCUCUUCCUCCUCUACACCUCCGGCUCUACCGGCAAGCCCAAGGGUGUCAUGCACACCACCGGCGGUUAUCUCCUGGGCGCCGCCACCACCGGAAAGUAUGUGUUCGACAUUCACGAUGGCGACAGGUACUUCUGCGGCGGUGAUGUCGGCUGGAUUACCGGUCACACCUAUGUCGUCUACGCCCCACUCCUCCUGGGUGUGUCCACCGUCGUUUUCGAGGGUACACCCGCCUACCCCAACUUUUCCAGAUACUGGGAUAUCAUUGAGCAACACAAGGUCACACAGUUCUAUGUUGCUCCCACUGCCCUGCGUCUCCUGAAGCGCGCCGGCAACCAGCAUGUGCGCAACGAGAUGAAGCACCUCAGAGUUCUUGGCUCCGUCGGUGAGCCAAUCGCCGCCGAGAUCUGGAAGUGGUACUUUGAGGUUGUUGGCAAGGAGGAGGCUCACAUUGUGGACACGUACUGGCAAACCGAGACCGGCUCCAACGUCAUCACCCCUCUUGCUGGUGUUACUCCCACCAAGCCCGGCUCCGCCUCUCUUCCCUUCUUCGGCAUCGAGCCUGCGAUCGUCGACCCUGUCUCUGGCGAGGAGAUCCAUGGCAACGAUGUCGAGGGUGUCCUUGCCUUCAAGCAGCCCUGGCCAAGCAUGGCUCGCACCGUCUGGGGCGCCCACAAGCGCUACAUGGACACUUACCUGAACGUGUACAAGGGCUACUACUUCACGGGCGAUGGUGCCGGUCGCGAUCACGAGGGCUUCUACUGGAUCCGUGGCCGUGUUGAUGACGUUGUCAACGUCAGCGGUCACCGUCUCAGCACGGCUGAGAUCGAGGCCGCCCUCAUUGAGCACGCCUCCAUUGCCGAGGCGGCCGUCGUUGGGGUUGCCGACGAGCUCACCGGCCAGGCUGUCAACGCCUUUGUGUCCAUCAAGAACGGCGCCGAAGUCGAUGAUGCCCUCCGCAAGGACUUCAUCCUCCAGGUCCGCAGGAGUAUUGGCCCCUUCGCGGCGCCCAAGGCCGUGUUUGUUGUCCCAGAUCUUCCCAAGACCCGCAGCGGCAAGAUCAUGAGACGUAUUCUCAGAAAGAUUCUUGCCGGUGAGGAGGACCAGCUUGGCGACAUCAGCACUCUCUCGGACCCAUCUGUUGUUGAGAAGAUCAUCAACAUUGUGCACGAGGGCAAGAAGAAAUAA